AUUCUAUGGCUUGGACACAUUUGUACAUCAAUGUGAUUGUCUAAACCUUACUAUCAUAAUCUGUUUUAAACAUAAAAUGCAAAAAUACAUUUCAGUUGUUAGAUUUGCAUAUGUUGUUUACUGCACAGUAUAGACUGACAUAAAGUAUACUGUAAAACUGUACGCUGAAAAAAGCUUCCGCGCAAUUUCCAGGUUAACCGCGUGGGAAUCAGUGAGUUACUAGCUCCUGUGUGCUAGCAAAGGGUUCAGUGGAAACCAUAGACUGGAAACACAUCCAACACGAGGAUAAAGAAAAUGCCACCAAAAGGAAAGGGUGGCAAAGGUGCUAAAGGGGCUGCUGCUUCAGGCAGUGGAGACAGUGAGAAGAAGGAGAAGGCUCAGAAAGGAGGUACUGCAGUAAAGGUUCGGCAUAUUCUGUGUGAAAAGCAUGGCAAGUGUAUGGAAGCAAUGGAGAAACUCAAAUCUGGUAUGCGCUUCAGUGAAGUGGCAGCACAAUACAGUGAGGACAAAGCCAGACAAGGAGGUGACCUUGGCUGGAUGACAAGAGGAUCAAUGGUGGGACCGUUUCAGGAUGCAGCGUUUGCUCUAGCUGUCAGCACUAUGGACAAACCCGUAUACACAGAUCCUCCCGUGAAAACAAAGUUUGGUUACCACAUCAUCAUGGUUGAAGGCAAAAAGUGAUCCCGCUUAAAAGGACUGAACAACUUGAUGUUGUGGUACAAUUUACAACACUGCAUUUACAACAUAGCAACAAUGCAUUGUGCAGUCAUGGAACUUUAUUUUAUAUCACCAUGUAAAUAGGAGCUAAUAAAAAUGCAUCUUAAUG